CCUGUUCGGGUACGGGCGACGACCACUUCAUUCCGGAACAUACCCAGGCUACUUUUCACGUGUUUUGUAGUGCUUUAUAACGACGCAAAAUGACUGAAGAGCUGGACCUUGUCAACCGAGACCCAAACAACAUCAAUGACCACCUCAAGGUUUCAUUUGAAGACAUUUUGGCGGAACCAGAGGGCGCUCACAGUCUUGACUGUAUUUGGAAAUGCUCUUACAGGUGCUUCACGUGUUGGAAAGACCUUUGCUAUACCAUCCUGACGACGUUGUGUGCGAUCUGUAUAGCCGCGGAAUGGGGCUGUGAGUUCGCUUACGUAACUUUUGUGCACGUCUGGUAUGUCACACCCCUGUUCAAACUUCUCGAGAUAAACUGUGCGUGCCUGCAGAAGCUUUACGGCAUGUGUAUCCACUGUUGUAUGGAUCCAUUCUGUGAGGCAAUGAGCAUCAUCUUCACGCCAUUCAAACGCUAAAGGGAUCUUGAUCAACAUGACAAGAUAUGCUUCGACUGCAUCUCCACUUCCGGGCAGUACCAUUUCCGGGUUGUUUUAUAAUUGUUACUGACGUGUAACAAAUAUCCAGAUCACUUUAAUUCCGCAGAAGGGAGGAUUUCUUGUUCCCAGGAAAGCGAUGUUUACAUUUUGUACAAAUAAGCAGACAGUGUCUAAACGAAACAUAACCUAAUUAAAAAUCUGAUCCAAAAGAAUUCUUUGCUCAUAUAAUCGCGAAUUGUCAUUGGUUUUAAGUACAUUUUAACGUGGAAUAAAUUUACAUAUAUGAUUUUUUGUUAAUCCAACCCAACUCUAGUGAAGUUUGUACAGUGUAUGGUCAUUCCUCUAUAUAGGUGUUUUGUGUGAAUGUUGACUUGACGUUACUUCAUUUACUUUAAAACAUAUAUUUGAAAUAAAUUACCAUUUUUGUUUUUCUAUCCGGACAUUAAAAUAAAUAAGUUUUCGAAAAUUUUGAAUUCCAGGCGGUUUACGCUCACUCACGUUCCCUGGUAUUUUGAGGAUGGUGUUACCGUUUCUAUUACACAGGUGUGGGGCUGUAUAUACUAUCCUGUGCAAUAGUGUCGGCGCAUCACACAACAUGUUUAUAUUGACAUAGUAAAAUCAAUACCAAAUAUACGUAAAUCUGUCAAUAUUGACCCAGUGUCAUGUUCGAGUUGGCUAAUUUGGCUUGCUCAUCGCACCUGGGCGUAUCUGACUAAUUACACGUAAGAGAUAUUUUCGGACUUGCGACCAGUGAUAAAUAUACCAUUUAUUAUAUAUAAUUGUUAACGUUACAUGUUAUAUCCCAGGCAAACUGAGUCUGAAGAUUUAAAGAAUGUAUAUUUUCCUACUAUGAUAAUGUGGAAACACUGUGUUAUAAUAAUUCUUAUAGCCGUUCGUGUUGUGAUAUUUGUAUUAUUUUGCAUAUAUAUAUACAUGUAACUGAAAACUCGAAUCCUGACUGUGAAAUUGCCUUGCUCCCGAAUAAAAUACAAAUUCAACCAAA